AUGUCUGGAGGGUGGAACACGAUCGAGUCGGACGCGGGAGUCUUUACGUACCUCAUCGAGAAGCUCGGGGUCAAGCAUGUGCAGUUCGCGGAGCUGGUGGCGCUCGACGCCGACGAGCUGCGGGCGUUUGGCGACGUGUACGGCGUCAUCUUCCUGUUCAAGUACCCGACGGGCGAGCGGGCGGGCGACGCACCGCAGGACGGCGCCUUUGACCACGACGCAGCGAGCCGGCUCUUCUUCGCGGCGCAGACGAUCCAGAACGCGUGCGGCACGCAGGCGCUGCUCUCGGUGCUGCUGAACAAGGACGGCGAAAUCGACGUCGGCAAGGAGCUGCGCGAGUUCAAGGAGUUUGCGGCCGAGUUCCCGCCCGAGCUGCGCGGCGAGACGCUGUCCAACUCGGACCUGAUCCGCGAGACGCACAACUCGUUUGCGCGCUCGUCGCCGUUCAUCGACGAGACGCAGCGCACGGCGACGGCCGACGACGACGUCUACCACUUCAUCGCCUACGCGGCCAUUGACGGCACGCUCUACGAGCUCGACGGCCUGCAGCCCGCGCCCAUUUCGCACGGGGCGUGCACGCCUACCGACUUCCCCGCCAAGAUCAUCCCCGUGCUGCAGCGACGCAUCGCGCGGUACCCCAGCGGCGAGAUCCGGUUCAACCUGCUGGCGUGCGUGCGCGACCUGCGGCUGCGGGCGCGCGAGUUUGGCGACGAGGACGGGCUGGAGGAGCAGGAGGACGUGCGCGCAAAGUGGCUGUGGGAGAACUCGCUGCGGCGACACAACUUUGUCGGCUUUGUGGGUGAGCUGCUCAAGGGCGUUGUCAAGGCGAAGCUUGAGAAGGGCGAGUACGACGCGUGGGUCCAAGAGUCACAGGAGCGGAUGGUGGAGAGGAGGGAGAAGGCCAGGCGGCUGGGGACGGCUAUGGAAGACGAUGCAGCAUGA